AUGCUUCCACCCACUCCUAGUGGUAACAAUGAACGCUCAAAACCAUCUCAAGAAAUCGCACACUCCUCAGAAACAGAACUGCCGAUGUACCACGGCUCGCGCAGAAGCUCCAACUGGAACAUAGAUGCAAAGACAGGGACAAAUUUCAAUCUUGGAGCUGGCUCCGCUGCUACUCUUGCUCAUGAAUUCGAUACGCACUCUGACCUGGUGAGCACGUCUGCCUCGGAUGUAUGGUCCAUGUCGCAGAAUGGCCAGAACGACAGCCACUCUCUUUCAGUCAACUUGACAUCAAUCGUCGAGGAUUCCGAUGACAAAGAGCUCUUUUUAUCUCCCCAGGAUUACUUUCUCGACUCUAUUCCACGCCCAAACCGUGUAUCGCCUGGCUCCAACGACUUCACCUCUACACCGACUCGUAGAAAGAGCGACUGCUCGGCACGCUCCAGUCUCUCUCAUACAAAUCCUCCUGCUGAAACGCCCUGCAGAAAGCUUGCUUCUAAGAUUGAAACUCUCGACUCGCCAGCAAGAAGCAGAGCUUCUUCGGCUUAUACAGACAUCUUGAGCUCGCAGAAGGUAUGGACUACUAGCUUGGACGAGGAGCUCCUUCGUUGCUGGAACAAAUACAAGGUGUAUAAGAUCUCCCACAAUGACCCGGCGAUCUUUCGGUACACGUCGCGCAACAAGAUCUUAUCCCGGAUGCUCUUGAGUCGUACCUCCGUGUUCCGCACUGCAAAGCAAGUAUCGUGUAGACUCCAGCGCUUGUUGAAAAACAGAGAUGCCGAUAGCAGUAACACCCCUUUCACCAUGGAUGAAGCUCCGCCACCUCAACCUGUGUUUCAAAAGGAGAACAACGUUCCCGUGAUGCCCGUGUCUCAAACUUUCAGCACCCCUUCAGUGGGACUCAACAUUUUUGAAUUUUGCAUGGCAUUUCACUAUAGAGAUUUUGUAUUAGGCUCUCACUCGUUUGCCUCUCUGGGUCCAACACCGGUCCAGCCUCCAUCGUGUGAGGACUUUGCUGAGAUUGCAAAGACCAUUCACCACAAAAAAUUCCUCAUGCAACUCACUUCUAUUGCGCCAACGAUGGUUUCUCAAAACGUUCCUAUUCACAACGUGCUCUGUGCCAUCAAUUUUACUCAUCAACCAAACUCUUCAUCACCCAUGUCCCCACAUGCAUCCUCAAGGCUUAUCAAUCUCGGAAACGGCGAUUUUCUGUCAUAUUUAAAGAUAAAAGUUCCAAAGACCAAAAGUAACCAAUCGUUUCUUUCAUGGCGCUCAAUAAUAACCGUUUAUAAGGGACUGGAGGAGAUAUUGCUUAGCACUGAAGAUGCCGUAAAUGGCUACAGAGACCAGAAUCAAGAUUUCAUGCUUCAGGUUCCAUUUAUCAAUAGCUUUUGGUCGGGUUACCUUUCUUUUUUGAUGAAUGGUUCCAAUUCAUACAACGAUUUGAAUGACCUUACCAUUCUGCAAGUGAUCUGCGAUGGCGAGAUGGGACUCGGAAAGAUUCACGGGUGCUUCAUCUACAACUUUGCUACUAAUGACAGAGCUUUGCCUUCUCUUACAGUCAGCAUGUUUACAUUGAGAAACGCGCCCGCAGAUUCUCGCCUCGGCCUCUCUCAACAAGUUCCAGAGCAAUUCAAUGGAAUAAAAACCAAUAAUGUCGCAGACACAGUCCAGUCAAAAACCCCCGCUGAUGAUGUAGAUGAGCUCGAGACCAUUCUUGCUCCUUCAUCGCCAGUGUGUCCAACUCCUGGUAAGCCAGACGACUUUAAACCUGAGAUGCGUGUAAAUGUUGAUAUGGCCAACAUCUACAGCAUGCAAGGACCAUCUACUGCUCCAUUGUUUGAUUCUCGGGCUAUAAGGAACGCAAAUGCGAACUUGAUGACACACAAAUCACCUCCAACCCAAAUCUAUUUCCAUCCCUCCAAGUCCUCUUCCAAUAUCAUGACUCAAUCUCUCGACACUGGUGUCGAGACUCAAAGACCAUACAUGGCUCGCCACUUCUCUUGUGACUUCUUACCCCAACAAGCUAAGAUUGAGAAUUUUGUAGCUGGCAACCAACCAGUACCACAAACCGUCAAUGUCAACCAAUCAAGCACUCUUUUCGAGGAUAAGCAGUUCAAUAUGUUUAUGAAUGGACACGACAUUAGCAGCAUUGAGACUGGCUGCCCACCACAAGGUGCAUUAGACACCGCUCUCAAUAUCGAUGACAUAGAUUCGAAGCCAUGGAAUCUAGGCAUAAAUACCGACAGCCUUGCUUUUGAAUCUCCUAUAGUACAAUCUGCUCCAGCUUCAAGAGAGCAUUUCUUUCCUGCUCUUGACCGUUCCAGUGAAGUCACAAAUGACGCUGGCCAGGUAUUGAAACAGGCACACAUUCAUCAGAGAGCUGCUGAAUUAGCCAAUCGUCGAGCUAGUCACAGCAUGCAAUCAUCUUCAUCAGGUCAGGUUCUCAAGAAGGGACCAGUUGCUCAGACUCACGCAAGCCAGACAAGCCUUGUAAGACCUCCAUUUCACAAAUUUCCAACAUCGCAACCCGUGAUGUAUCAACCAAAAAAGAAGUAA